UCACUUCAUUCAAACCAUCUCUUCCUCUUCAUCUUUUUCUUCAUCUUCAUCAAUGAACUCAGGUGGAGAGAAAGCUUCCAUGGAUUUGGUUCCACCAGCCGACAAUCUAUGCUACGUCCGUUGCAACUUCUGCAACACUGUUCUUGCUGUUGGGAUUCCAUGCAAAAGGUUGUUAGACACUGUGACAGUGAAAUGUGGCCAUUGCAGUAACCUCUCUUUUCUUAGCACAAGACCUCCACUUCAAGGACAAUAUUUUGAUCAUCAAACAAGUCUUCAGGGUUUUGGCGGUGAAAUCAAGAAGGGCCAGUCUUCAUCCUCAUCCUCAUCGACAUCAAGCGAGCAAGUGUCUCCCAAAGCACCCUUUGUUGUAAAACCACCUGAGAAAAAGCACAGACUUCCAUCUGCCUACAAUCGAUUCAUGAAAGAGGAGAUACAGCGUAUCAAAAAUGCCAAUCCUGAGAUACCACACCGAGAAGCUUUUAGCGCCGCUGCUAAAAAUUGGGCCAGGUACAUUCCAAAUUCACCAGCCGGGUUGAUGUCUGAGGGCACUAACAAUGAAUGAAGUAGUAAGAAAUUGACAAGUCCUUGAUGCUGAACAAUUGAAGACAACUUAGGUACUUCAGUUAGGUAGUUUGGUUUCGCCUUCUCAUGAUUUACUUACUUUGCAUCAAGCUCAAUGGUAUUUAUUACUAGAUUAUGAAGUACUGCAAGAGAGUUUAAAUAUGUGAUAUUUGACAUUAAGAAGUUUAGCUCUAUUCUAAUCAUUGUGUGCUAUCUAGUGCUGUAAAAGUUGUACUGUACAACCUUUGAAUCCUUUCAAUUAGUCCCUUAAUUGGCUUUGGAAAGUGCAGGAAAAA